CUAAUUUUCAGUGGUGCAAAAUGCUGACAGUUCUCGGAACUGGCCAGCCAUUGGCCUGUCUCAGACCCAGAGGAAGCUCCCAGCAGCUCCCAGAGAAAUCACUUCCGUGAGUGUUUUCCACUUUUCCCUAAAUGCCAAACCACCACCGGUCCUCAGAGAAGGAGGGUAGACCACAGACACUGUGAACCCAUUGCAAAAACCCAGCCCUCAGCCACAAUGCAGCAAAAAUGCCCAGGAGUGAAGCUGCUCUGCUCUCCAGAGGGAAAGCCUUGUAAUUCCAAAAGUGAAUCCAUUUAACGUCUUCGACUCCCUCUGUCACAGUACCAGCUCAGCAUUUCACAGACCUUCGAUGUGUUUAUCCUCAAAACACACUCUAAGAGCCGCACCGAGCCACAGACCGCGGUGGGGCCGGGCAGGGCCGCACCAUGACCGAGACCACCAAGACCCACGUUAUCCUGCUGGCCUGCGGCAGCUUCAACCCCAUCACCAAGGGGCACAUCCAGAUGUUCGAACGAGCCCGGGAUUACCUGCAUAAGACUGGACGCUUCAUUGUCAUUGGUGGCAUCGUCUCACCUGUGCACGACUCCUAUGGGAAAACGGGGCUAGUUUCUAGCCGGCACCGCUUGACCAUGUGCCAGCUGGCUGUGCAGUCCUCCGACUGGAUCAGGGUUGAUCCCUGGGAGUGCUACCAGGACACCUGGCAGACCACCUGCAGUGUGUUGGAGCACCACCGUGACCUGAUGAAGAGAGUGACUGGCUGCAUCCUCUCCAAUGUCAACACACCCUCCAUCACCCCUGUGAUUGGCCAGCCCCAGAAUGAGUCCUCACAAAGCAUCUACCAGAACAACAACAACAUCUCCAGCAAGCCCACCGCAGCAAAAAUCUUGGGGAAAGUGGGAGAAAGCCUGAGCCGGAUUUGCUGUGUUCGCCCACCCAUGGAGAGCUUCACCUUUGUGGAUGAAAAUGCCAACUUGGGGACAGUGAUGAGAUAUGAAGAAAUUGAGCUUCGUAUCUUGCUGCUUUGUGGCAGCGACCUGCUGGAGUCCUUCUGCAUCCCUGGCCUCUGGAAUGAGGCAGAUAUGGAGGUGAUUGUUGGGGAGUUUGGGAUCGUGGUGGUGCCCCGGGAUGGAGCAGACCCUGAGCAAAUCAUGAACCACUCCUCCAUACUGCGCAAGUACAAAAACAACAUCCUGGUGGUGAAGGACGACUCAAACCACCCCAUGUCAGUUGUCAGCUCCACCAAAAGCAGACUGGCCCUGCAGCACGGGGAUGGACAUGUCGUGGAUUACCUCUGCCAGCCUGUCAUUGACUACAUCCUCAAGAGCCAGCUCUACAUCAAUGCCUCUGGCUAAGUGCCCGAGAUCUUGCAGCGAGACAGCUCUCAUGUUUCGUCUGCCUACAGCUCUCCAUCACUCUUUUCUCUCUUUCAGUCCUUGUCUCCAUCUCUCUCCCCAUCCCAUGGCCUCCUGCCCAUGUCUGCCUCUCAACCCCAGCACCAAUGCUCUGUUGUGCAGCCAUGUCCAGGGAAUGGUUUGGUCUCUUUUUCUGGGGUACUGCCCUGCCCUGUGUGCAUGGGGAGGGAGGAAGGGCUGGUCAGGGAGCAACGUGCUCCGUGUGCUCCAGCAUGUCCCUGGGAAAUGGUCCCCUUAGUCCAUCUUCCCAGCAUGCUCAGAGCAGGGGCUGCCUGUUCUGCAUCAUCUAACACAACUUAAGCUCAAUAAAUCUGGGUGGAUUUUUUUUAUUAAGUAGCUUUAGUGUGAGCCCUUUGGGCCUCUCAAUACAGUGACCAACCAAACCCUGGUUGGCAGCAGGCAGUUACAACACAACCAGCUUGGUGCCCAACAGCAGGGGAACCUCCUCAGGCCAGCCAUGAGAAAACCCAGCUAACAAAAUCCUCCUGUCCCUGAAAAGUCAUGGAGAGGGCUUUUCUGAAGGGGAGAAGAGACCUUGGUAAGCACUGCUGCCAAAGCAUUAUGGGGAGAAUGUCAUGUCUCACCUUCCCUUAGCUGCAAGAACUCAAGCCACUCCCUAGGCAAGUGAAGUUGGUGUGAUGUUCUACUCUUACCCAGUGUCAGAGGUAUCCCACACCACCUAGAAAGGGAUCUGCUGUUUAUGGGGACAAGAAAUUGGGUAGAAGAAGCAGGUGGUGAGCCAAAGCCUCUGGUGAGAAUUUGCCCCAAACCUGGACGUGUCCAUGUCCAUCCCCUACCUUCCAGAUCUCCAUUUCUGCUCCAUCCAUCUUCUCCCACCACUCCCACUCUCUUCCUCUCCUUGAAGAGUUCAUUAAAUGCAUGAUAACCUCCCCCUCCCAAACCAGCCAUGGCUACUUUGCACAUUUCUUGGGACAAGCCAGACUCCUGCUCCUGCCUGUGAUGCCCCCUGAUGCCAGGGAUGAACCCUAGUGGAGAUGCUUACAGUAAGAGCAGGACAGGUAACGUGGUGUGGAGCAGUUAUUGAAGUCUUGUGGAGAGGAGGGUUGCUGGAACAGGGCCUUGUCCUGCUGAUCACCCCUAGGGCACAAGAACCCUGAACAGCUGAUGGGGAAAGUCACAGACAUGAGGAAGGUUUAGCCCUUGCCUUCUCUCCUUUCCUCCCGGUAAACUUGUAUCACUUCGGGUAGAGUCCUUCUGCCUGUGUCUGAGAGUCCUCCACAGCCUUUCAAGGGAAUAUAUGACAUUUAUUUUGUCUCUUAAAAGCCUACAAAGGGUCACUAGUAGCUCUCAGGCAAGCUCCAAAGGUGGUACUUUGUGCUAAAUUUGGUGACCUGCUGGGUGCUGCUGGCAUCCCUGGAACAGCAAGCUGCUUUGGACAAACAAGGAAACCCACAGCCACAGGGUCCUUGCAGCAGACAGGAUUUUAAGAACACUAGUUCAAGGAGCAGAAGCACAGCCCUUCCCAGAAGGACAGAAGUGAUGCAACUGACCCAAAGGCCAGAAGAGGUCUUUCCUUGUCAGGGAUUUCCCUCUGCAUGGAGAGAUUUGUUUGGGAACUGUUCUACAUUUGGCAGUGUCACCCCAUUUGGCAGCAUCAGCUCUGGUAUCUCCAGGUGGUUGAGUAUGUAUCCCAUUGGAUGAGAAGAUACGGAUAUGCCAAAACAGAGAAGGUGGUGAGUGUGUGUGGGGACUCUGCCCAGGGAGGCCUUCAGCCAGUCUGAGCUAGUCACCACCACCACCCCACUGAGCUCCCUUAAUGGUGACACCUCAUUCUGAGACACCCAGUGUAUGGCAGCCACUCACUGGACUCCUCUCUGCCUGCUGUUUUCACAUGUUCUGUUUGUCAGUUUCCCUUCCCUCUCUACCCCAACACACAAGUUAUCCCAGACAGCAGCCCCUGCCCCUUGUCAGUUGUGCCCUGUGUUUCUUAGCUCCAAGCCAGAGAAACAGCAAAUGGGGGCAACCAGCCUCCAAAACAGAGGGACUGAAUCUCCUGGGGAGUGACAUAUCUGAAGUGGUAGCAAAGACAGUGGGUUUUCCUGAAGGAAAAGGAAAAGGAAAAGGAAAAGGAAAA